AGCCGGAGAGGACCCGGGAGCCGCCGCGCGCCCCGCUGCCCGGCCCGUCCGCCCCGGCGUGGCUGUGCCUGGAAGAGCGCGCGCGGGCAGCGGCCGGCCCUCCAUUCAUCGCCCAGGCGGGCAGGCGCUCCAUGGGCUGAGUCCUGCCGGAGCAGCCGGAGGAGGAGGCGCCUGCCCCAGCCCGCCUAGGCCGCGGCUCCAGCCCGCCGCUCUGCAGCCCGCCGCUCCCCUCGCCAGCUCCGGGCAUGGAUAGUUGAAAAGGGGAACAAGGAAGCGGGGAGCCGUGUUCUGUGCAGCGGGGGCUGAACUUCUGUCGGUCGCUUGCUUGAGAGACGCCCUGCCAUUAUGAAUGAAGUAGCAAUCGUGAAGGAAGGCUGGCUCCACAAACGAGGAGAAUACAUUAAAACAUGGAGGCCGAGGUAUUUUCUGUUGAAGAAUGAUGGAACGUUUAUUGGCUACAAAGAGCGACCGCAAGAUGUGGACCAACGGGAGUCCCCCUUAAAUAACUUCUCUGUGGCUCAGUGCCAGUUGAUGAAGACGGAGAAACCCAAACCAAACACAUUCAUCAUCAGAUGCCUCCAGUGGACCACAGUAAUUGAAAGAACAUUUCAUGUGGAGACUCCAGAGGAGAGAGAAGAAUGGACAAAAGCCAUCCAAACAGUAGCAGACAGCCUUAAGAAACAAGAGGAAGAAAUAAUGGAUUUCAGAUCUGGUUCCCCCAGUGAUAAUUCAGGUGCUGAAGAAAUGGAAAUUUCUAUGACAAAACCAAAACAUAAAGUGACCAUGAAUGAAUUCGAAUACCUUAAGCUGCUGGGGAAAGGCACAUUUGGGAAAGUUAUUCUGGUGAAGGAGAAAGCGACAGGACGGUAUUACGCAAUGAAAAUUCUGAAGAAGGAAGUAAUUGUAGCAAAGGAUGAAGUGGCACAUACCUUGACAGAAAACCGUGUUUUACAAAAUUCUAGGCAUCCUUUCUUAACAGCUUUAAAGUAUUCCUUUCAGACGCAUGACCGGUUGUGCUUUGUCAUGGAGUACGCCAACGGAGGGGAGUUGUUCUUCCAUCUAUCGCGGGAGCGAGUCUUUUCUGAAGACCGGGCCCGCUUUUAUGGGGCUGAGAUUGUAUCGGCGCUGGACUACCUACAUUCAGAGAAGAACGUGGUCUAUAGAGAUUUAAAGCUGGAGAACUUGAUGCUGGAUAAAGAUGGGCACAUAAAGAUAACGGAUUUUGGGUUAUGCAAAGAAGGGAUCAAGGAUGGAGCGACGAUGAAGACUUUUUGUGGCACGCCCGAGUAUCUUGCGCCGGAGGUGCUGGAAGAUAAUGACUAUGGGCGUGCGGUGGACUGGUGGGGUUUAGGAGUCGUCAUGUAUGAAAUGAUGUGCGGGCGGCUCCCUUUCUACAACCAGGAUCACGAGAAGCUCUUUGAACUCAUUCUCAUGGAAGAGAUCAGGUUCCCGCGCACUUUGUCACCAGAAGCGAAAUCUCUUCUAUCAGGCUUGCUAAAGAAGGAUCCUAAGCAAAGGUUAGGUGGCGGACCAGAUGACGCCAAAGAGAUUAUGCAACACAAAUUUUUUGCCGGCAUUGAAUGGCAAGAUGUAUAUGAAAAAAAGCUGGUACCUCCGUUUAAACCACAAGUGACGUCUGAAACGGACACACGUUACUUCGAUGAAGAAUUCACAGCACAGAUGAUUACAAUCACACCCCCAGACCAAGAUGACAAUAUGGAUUGCGUCGAUAGUGAGCGACGACCACACUUCCCUCAGUUUUCAUAUUCUGCCAGCGGGACGGCUUAACAUUUCGCUUGUCCGCACUGAGAAAGCGGUUUGAUAGCAUUUGGGGGGGGGACCUUAUUUUGACAACGGACACUAGAGAACGCUCUGCAAUAUGUGAAUUGCAAACUAUGUUUGUACUUGGGUUCAGCUGAAUUUGUAAGAAAGCCCUGCAGGUUGUAUAUUUAAAACAAUCCUGAUGCGUUUUUGAGGCCGACUCUCCAGAAAGACGAGCAUCCAUUCUUAAAAUGAUUAAAAUGUUGUUAAAAUUAAAAGGGGGAAAAGCCUUUUCUUCUGAAAAAGAUGAACUUCAGUUUUUUAAGAAUACGAACCCCCCCCCCCCCAAACUGUUUACUUUCUAGAGGUUUAUGAUAUCCAACAUGGCGGCCGCAUUGACCAUUUAAAAAAUGAUGUUUCUUAUUUAUUUCACACAGUUCAUCAUGUAAGUAGGAACGCUGCACUGUUAUGAUAUGAGAGACAGACUUAGAGAGUGUAAAGAAUGCAAGUGACAAAAAACAAAGAAAUUCUAGAAACGCAACAGUUUGACUUCCACUCAGGCAGCCCGUGAAAUGUUGGCCGAUCUAGGAAAUUGAUUAUAGGAAUGGCAUUGAUGAUCUCAGUGACGUGAUACAAACAGAAAGAAAAUGCAGUUUUGAGAUACUACAUAUCAAAUGGAGCUGAGUGUGAUCUGUACCGUUCUCUACAUUACACGAGGAAACGUCCCUCUGAAGACAAGAGUGUUGAAGAUCCAAUUUUCUGUAUAUUUCUUUUCUAAGAUUGGCUUUGCCAAAUCUUGGUAACUACCCACUGGCAAUUUCUCUUGUAUGGGCCCUGUUGAAACCAGUGGAGGAAGCUCUGGAGCACACACACACACCAAUUUGUUUAUUCUGGAGUGUUUGUUCCAGGAAAUUUUCCUGAGGACUGUGUCCAGUGCAAACAAGCUGAUUUCAUGGUUUCGUCUGAAAAUGUUUCUAUAGCUGCAGAAUUGACCCAUCAAGAAUUCCACUUCUGAAAAAAACGUAGAAAGCUCCCCUCCCCGCUAGUUGCCUUUUAACUGAAUGAGUUGAUGGAGCAAUGAUCAAAUUUUGGGCCCCAGAGCCAUUUUCUUCAUAUAUUUAAGGGGCUCUGGUAAAAUGGCACCAUAUGGUUAGACCCAGUUAGAGGGCAGUCCUGCAUUCUCUUCCCUUUUUAAAUGUACAUUUUGUAAAGGUUAUUGGGAGUGGGGGGUGCUCAGUAUGUUUGGAGGAAACUCCUUUAGCAGUGGCUGGGGUGGGGUGGUGUAAAAAGAAAAAAGUAGGGUGAAACUUCAUGUGUUCCAGGAAAAAAGGGGGUUCAAAAGAUUUUUUUUAAUUCUAGUACUUCUUUUCCCCACUGUUUUGCUUCCCCCCCUCACCGUUUCGUCUUGUAUUCUCAUAAAAACCACUUCAUUUUGACUCUGCCAAAAAUGAUAACGAGAUCAUCGUUUGCCUUUGCUGUGGCCAGGGCUUUCUAGCUCUUUGCUUGUUCUGAGAACGAGUUUAUUCAGUUGUGGCUUUUAUGUUCCUUUAGAUAUGCUUUUUGUUUCUCUGUUCUUUUAUCUGUAUAAAGUUGAUUAAAUAAACUGCAGUUCCUUAGCAUUUUUUUUAUUUGAAAGGGAGCAUAUUUAAGACACCCUCAAACCUUUUCCUCAACAUGAAAUCCCAUUAUGUUUUUUUACAACGUUCAGUUCUAGUAUUUUUACUUAUUAUAUGAAAGUUUCCCUAAGAAUACUUCAAUAAAAUGCGCUUUAACAAGUAA